AUGUCUGUGAGUAAUCAAUACCACAGGGUUGAAUCAGAAUUACAAUAUACGACGACGAACGAGCAUCAACAGGGAACAGUUCCAGAGGUGGCUGUACAACAACAUCCAUUGAAAACAAUUUCUACAUGGAUACAUGCUGUUUCUAAAACUAAAAUAAAAUUUAUGUGUGCAGGCUUGUUACUUCUCUUCAUCGUUAGUGUUGGCAUUAUAGCGUUGCACUAUCAUCGAGCAACACUAGUCACUGAUGCCAAUAUUGUGAGAGAACAAGAUGAAACAAAGAUGGUGCAUGAUUGGGAAAGUGGAGAGAAGACAGACAUAGACAAUGAGAUGUCAGAAAUGAAAACAUCACAACAACUCGAAAAAUUAGAUGAUGAGGACAAUGUUGAAAACAACAAUGAAAAACUUCCUCAACUACGAUCGUAUGUUCACCGGGAUAGAUCUAGUUCAUCUAAAAGUACUGGUUAUAUGAAUACUUAUAUUCGUUCAAAGGGUCGUCGUGAUGGUGGUAGACGAUCGUAUCAACGAUUUCGUUUUCCUGUUGCUCGAUAUAGUCGUCGUGACAUGCCUUUUAAGGGUCCCUUUCUUUCGUUCAUGCCCUGGACUCCAAUCGUUGCCGAUCGAUCCACAAAACAAACAAUUAUUUAUUCAAAAACAGAAGUCUAUGUUAUACCUCCAUUGAUUAAUACCUAUGGUGAUUCAUACUCGAUUGCAGAGCUCAUCGCUUCUAAAGAUGCGAGCUUAUACCGUAAUGGUGGACCACUGGUUGAUCCUAUUCAUAUGAAUCGUUUUUUCCAAAGACAAUCCUUAACCGGUCCAAAUAUUCCAAUGAUCAACUCUAGACAUGGCGGUUUUAAGGGUGGUGUUCGCACUAAUCUUGGUUCAUUCUCGAUUUCCAAACCGUAUGAAACACGAUCUAAUAUAGAUUCUACAUAUGAAUCGGAAGAAAAAGAAGACAGAAAAGAAUCAUCAGAAGAACAAGAACAAGAACAAGAAAACAAAUAUCGACCUGCUUCGAAUGUGAACAAUUAUUAUUAUAAAAGACCACGAAAACCAGUGCAUCGUCCAAAUGAACCUAGUAAAAUAAAACCGCAACCAAGUACAACAAAAUGUCAAAAACGUGUAUUGAAAGGUUCUCCGCCUCAUCCUUGGAAAAAAUUCUCAUCUGAGCCAUCGCAUUCAAAUGAAUCAAUUACAUUUUAUCUAAUUAUAAAACAAGAUCCAAUAGCACGAAAGAAAUUCGAAUCAUUAUUUUGGAAGAUUACCAAUCCCGAUAGCAAUCAAUAUCAACAAUGGUUAACACGUUCACAAAUAAACGCAAUUCUUAAAACUAAUACUGAAGCCUUGAAUGCAAUCAAACGUUGGAUUGCAAAGGAAUCUCUGAUAUCUGUAAACUUUAUCGGAGAUGAUACAAUUCAGAUUAAAACAACAGUUGAACAAGCAUCAAAACAUUUUUCAACUGAAUUUCAUCCUUAUCAAAAUUCUAAUACAGGACGAACCAUUCAUCGAACUUUUGAUGACAUUUGUUUGCCAGAUGAAAUAAACGAACAUGUUGAGUUUCAUCUUGGAUUAAAUGAUUUUCGAGUGAUUCAUAAAAAACCUACCAAAUCAUAUGAAACAAUUCGUUCCGCUUCAGUUGAUGCAUCAACUAGUGAUACAACAACAAUUGUUGCAACAACCGCUGCGAUCGUGACAAAACCAUACAUUAUCCCACAAUUCGUUAAAAAAUACUAUAACAUUCCAGAAGUUCAAAAAAAUGAUCCAUCAUCAGUUAUCUCACAAGGAUCAUUACAAUUUCUUGGUCAAUACUAUCGUGAACAAGAUUUACUUUUAUAUGCGAAAUUACUCGAGUUACCGAUUAAAUCUCUUAAGAAAAAUCAUAUUCGUGGAAGUAAUAAUCAAUCAAAUCCAGGUCUCGAAACAAUGUUAGAUGUCGAACAGAUGUCUGGUUUAAAUCCUUCAGCUGAAACUUGGUAUUUCAACUAUGAUAAGAGCUUUAACGAUUCAGGGUUUGGUGAAAAUUUCUUCUCAAUUGCACUUCUCUUAAAUCAACUGGAUGAUAUACCACAAGUUAUGUCUGUGUCAUACACUGAACCUGAAAUAGGUAUAUGCUCAGUUGUUAGCGACUGUGAUAAUAAGAUCAUGAUCGCAUCUCAGAAAUACAUAGAUCGUACAAAUCUUGAAUUCAUGAAACUAGGAAUGAGAGGUAUAACAAUUUUAGUUUCAAGUGGUGACGAUGGAGCGAAUGGUCUUGGAGGAAAUAAUGAAACAGUAAAUUGCACAAAUAAAGUGUUCUAUCCUGGAUAUCCAGGCACCUCUUCAUUCAUCACAUCAGUUGGGGGAACUGAAUUGAUGAAUAUGAUGUACGAAACAUUGCCUUAUCAACCAUCGGUUUGUUUGAAUAAGACAGCACCGGUUUCCUGUGUAUCAGAUGGAGAUGAAGUCGCUGCUGGUAUGGAUUACGGCUACACCAGUGGUGGUGGAUUCUCCACUGUUAUGGUCCAACCAUCCUACCAAAAAGAUGUUGUUAACCGAUACUUUCAAGAAAGCCAAUGUCUGAAUAGUGAAUUUCCAAAAGAGUAUCCUCCGUCAUCAAUGUACAAUCAAUAUGGGCGUGCUUUUCCCGAUGUGGCUGCACUUGGUGUAUAUAGUUUUACUGUAUGGAACGGUGUUUUCAGAAAAGUUGGUGGUACGAGUAUGUCAGCACCAAUGUGGGCUGGUAUUGUCUCAAUUCUGAAUUCAUAUUCGAUAAAUAUGACAAAUCGAACAUUAGGUUUUCUCAAUCCAUUGUUAUACAAGAUGGCCAAAGACUGUCCAAAGUGUUUUAAAGAUAUAACAUCAGGGGAUAACAUAUGUGUAAGAGAUACCUGCAAUGAUCAGUGUAAAGGUUUUCAAGCUAGUUGUGGUUGGGAUCCUGUAACAGGACUUGGCACUCCAAAUGUCGGAAAGAUGUUGAAAUAUAUAAAAAAGUUAUUAAAAAAGAAGAUGAAGGAAACCAACGGCUAUCACGAAGAGUAA